AUGGCGACCCGUAGGGCGACUCGCCUGGACGACAUCGCCUCAAUGAGUAGUUGUCGAUCAGAUCCCGUUGAUUCCUUUAAAUCUCAGCAAGAGCAGCGAUUGGACGACGAGGAGGAAGCCAUUCGCCUCCUUACGCGAUUGGAACGGAGUCUAGAAGCGGCUGCUGACGUGGCAGCCGUUGAAACAGCGGUCGCCGCUUUGCUGGCACCAAACGUACGCGCUGGAGCGUCGGCUGUAGCAUCGGCUGUAGUGGAUCGUGCGAGCAACGCGAUUGACGGAAUCGGAUAUGAAGCGUUCUCCACGGGCGGGAGAGACCCCGCCGUGACAGAAGCGAGGGCACCGAUAUUGUCACCUCUACGCGUGCUACUAUCGGACCACCUCGCGGCGCUCUCGCAGCUGCUCCUGUUCCCCCCCUCGUUUCCUCUCCCUCUCACUGCAUCCGCAUCACUUUUCCAUUCCCCCCCGCUUCCCCCCCCCUCCCCUUCCCCCUCCCCUCCUUCCCCUCCCCCUCCCCUUCCCCCUUUCCUCCCAUGUCCCCUCCUUCUUCCAGGAGCGGCGCCAGUGCUUCCCCCUUCCGCCCGCCGCGCCCUGCUCGACCCGCUCUUCCUCUCCGCCCCUCUCCCCCCCGCGCUAGACGCCCUCCUCCCCCUCCUCUCCGCCUCCGCCUCCCCCUCCGCCUACGCUGCUUCCACGGACGUGGAGUUGCUUGGGGGGGAAGAUGGGGGGAGAGAAUUGUGGGGAAAAGAUGCGGAGGGGAGUGAGGGAAAGGAUGUUAGCAUCAGUGGCGGUGCUUCUACCUCUGAUGGUGGUGGUGGAGGGGUGUGUGGGAGGGUGGCGCAGGCGAAAAGGAGCAGCGUUGCACGCAAGGAGGCUGAGAGGCUACUCCUCCUCACAAUCUUUGGCUCGCCUGACGGCCCCACAGCGCAAGCAGUCCGGCCAGGCGGGUUAGAGGGCACGCCUGCAUCUUCUACCCCUGACACGUGUCCAAAUGUUACUGGAGCAGGGAUCAUGCAGGCGUCACCGCAUGCUCCUUCUUCCCUGCGUGCCCCGUACGUGUGCUCUCCUUCCUACCCUCUUCCUCACUGCCCCGCGUGCCCCAUACGUGUGCUCCCCUUCCUACCCUCUUCCUCACUGCCCCGCGUGCCCCGUACGUGUGCUCCCCUUCCUACCCUCUUCCUCACUGCCCCGCGUGCCCCGCACGUGUGCUCCCCUUCCUACCCUCUUCCUCACUGCCCCGCGUGCCCCCACCCACGCUUUCUCUCUGUCUGCUCCUCAUCUCCCUCGCUUCUCAAUGCACUUGCUCUCCCUGUUGACGCGCCUCAAAAGCAGUCGCCCACACAUGCACCACCCGCAAAGGUUCACCACUUGUCCAUUGUGUUUGCCAGCGUGACUCACUUCGUCGCGUCUCUCAUCCGCCGAUCUCUCACCACCACUGCCACCAUCGCUGCUUCUCGCUCCUCCUCCUCACCACCUCCCGUCUCGCCCCCCUCCCAACCAACAAGCGUCUCCCCAGAGGCGUUCCAACGGUGGCACGUGAAAGAAGAGUGUUUUUGUGACGUCUCAAAAUCACUCUUCCCUUCUCUUCCCUUCUCUUUCCUUCUCUUCCCUUCUCUUCCCUUCUCUUUCCUUCUCUUCCCUUCUCUUCCCUUCUCUUCCUGUCUCUUUCCUUCUCUUUCCUUCUCUUUCCUUCUCUUCCCUUCUCUUCCCUUCUCUUUCCUUCUCUUCCCUUCUCUUCCCUUCUCUUUCCUUCCUUCUCUUCCCUUCUCUUCCCUUCUCUUCCCUUAUCUUUCCUUCCUUCUCUUCUCUUCUCUUCUCUUCUCUUCUCUUCCCUUCUAUUCCCUUCUCCCUCUCUGCUUGCCUUAUUGCACCCCUCCGGCAGCAACGGUGGCAUCCGAGCUCAUCCACACAGUCAUCCGACAGCUGGCACACGCCAUGUUCCUGUUCACGUCUCACCUCCUCACUUGCUCCCCUCUUCCCCUCCCCUGCCUGCCUUGGAUUGUCACCCUUCUCUCUUCCUCCUCCUCGUCACCCUCUGCUGACGAUUCCGCUGCACUCGAGCCAAUGGGGCUGUGCCACGUGGCACUAGAGCAUGUGCUGCGCCUGUGGAGCUCAGCGGCUAUCGUCCAAUCAGCAUCCAUGGAGAAGCAGAUCUAUGUGACAGCAGCAGCAGGAUUCCUCCUCUCCCUCCCUCGCCACUCACAAGCAGCACCGUCUGCAUCCUCCGCACGUCACUCCCACCCGCCCCUUCGCCUACACCCAUCGCAGCUCACGUUGCUUCUCAAGGGCGUAUCCAAGUUUGCAUACGAGCGAGGGGUAGGCGAUGAGGAGGAGGGGAAAAGUGGAGGGAGAGGAAGUGGGGGGAGUGCAGCUGCUGCUGUUGAGUUGACUAAAGAGGAGGCCAUUGCUGCUGCUCUUGAUUUUGCACGUGGAUGGGACAUUGGGGGGGUGGUGGGGCAGGAGUGUCAGGAGGAGAAAAAGGGAGGGGAAGGGGCGAAGGAGGCUGGUAGAGAUGGUAGGGGAGGCGAGAAUAGGGAAGUGGAGGAGGUAAAAAGAGAGGGGGAGCUGGAUGAGGAGGAUGAAGAGAGUGAGGAAGGGAGUGAGGAAGGGAGAGAGGAGGAGAGUGAGGAAGAGUGGAGUGAGGAGGACUGGGAUGAGGAGGAAGAGGAGAGUGAUGAGGAGUCAGACGAGGACGAGGAGGAUGAGAGGAGUGCGGGCAUGGGCAUGGGAGUGGGCAUGGGAGUGGGCAUGGGAGUGGGUGUGGGCAUGAGUGGGGAGGGGGGUGGAAUGGCGGCACCCAUGCAGCUGCGCUACAGUGCGGCAGACCUGAGGAAGGCAGAUGACGUCAGUGCGAUGGAGCAAGCGCUUCUGUCCCUUGAACCAAUGAUCCGCUGCCAACCGGACGAGCUGGAUGACGUGGCAGCUGAGCUGGCACGCUCCCUUAUCCACAUGCAAUGCCAGUUCCUCCUGAAAGGGGAAGAUGGGGAGGGGGAGGCAGGGGACGAGGGAGAGGAGGAGAUUGGGAGUGGGAGUGAGGAGGGGGGAGAAGGGGAGGUAGCGGAGUGUGAGGUAGAAGAGUGGAGCUCUUUCGGUAAUAAGAAGGGCAGAGGAGAAGAAAGAGGGGCAAAGCAACGGAAGGGAGGCAGCAUGCAAGGCGGAGGGGAAAGGGAAGGAGGGCAGAGAGCAAUGGGAGCGGAGGAGAGGCGGAGAGCAGCGCUGGUGGCUCUGGUUGUCUUUUCCCCGGUGGCAUCUCUCGAGGUGCUUCUGGGGGAGGUGUUUUCUGCCCACGUGGACCUGAGUCAGCGCCUUCUCAUCCUGGACGUCCUCGAAGCGGCUGCUAUUGAACUCGCCUCCUACUCCUCCUCCGCCUCCCCUUCCUCCUCUUCUUCUUCUGCUGCUGCCACACUCGCUCAACCACUCUCUUCCUCCUCGCUUUCCUCCUCUCGUUCACACACUCCCUUGAUAGUGGAGAUUCACACUGGGCCGACACCUUGGGAUCAUCCCGCACACUCCCUCUCCCCUUCCCCUCCCGGUGCUGGUAAAUGGGUUCAGCUGCCCGGGAUUAUGCCGGGAGAUCUCGGGCAGCCCGAGAUGGCGAAGGCAAUCUUAGCAGCAGCAGAUUUAGGAGGGUUCGGUCUGACUGGGCUCGCGGGCAGCUGGACAAAAAGUUUCACAAGAGACCUGCCCCGGCGCCCUGGUGACCGCAUCCUCGGGCAGGAGAAACGAACCUCUAAAACAAUCGAAUCUGCAAGAGAGAAGCUUCAAGGAAGCAGCGGUCAGAACCAGCAGCUGCACAGUCAGCGCGAUGUGUCCACGUGUACCCCUCCACGCGUGCGAUUUGCUGACGUGGCGGCGGGGUUCAUGCUGCCGCUGAUGCGAGCGUACGACAGGCAGAGCCACGGGGUGGACUGGGUGGGGAGGGACUUUGUUGUUCUCGCGCGCGUGCUGCUGCUUCUCGGGAAGUGCCUGCGCCUCCUCGCCCCUUCACCUGCUCUGCUCCCCCUCGCCGCUGCUCUUCUCGAAUUCCUCAACGCAAGGCAGAGCCAUGGGGUGGACUGUGUGGGGCGGGACUUUGUGGUUCUCGCGCGCGUGCUGCUGCUGCUGGGGAAGUGCCUCCGCCUGCUCGUUCCUUCACCCGCACUCUUCCCCCUUGCGGCUGCACUGUUAGAAUUCAUCAACGCCAGUCCCAUCGCCCAGCAUCCAGAGCCCUACGUGCAGCGCUGUGCCAUCUUCGCUGCAGCCUCACUGCUCCUCUCGCUGCCCCCUGCUGCCGUCGCAGCCCAAGGGCUUCUCCUUUCCUCCGCCGCUGCCUCUGCUUCUGUUUCUUCUGGAGCUACCACAACCAUUGGCUUUGGCGCUAUUGCUGCUGUUGCUGCUGGUCCUGGGGGUGGUGGUGCUGGGGGUGCGGGCGUGGGGUUGUCAGGGAUGCUGCGGGUGAUGGCAGUGUGGUUGGGGAGACUGGCGGAGGAGAGUGGUGACGAGCAGACCAAAGGGAUGGCCUUUGGGUGCCUCCAGCUGUACGACGAUUUCGCCAGGGCGUGCCUGCAAGCAGUGCUUGGCAGUACGGUACCCCCACUUGACAGUGCACCGUUUGAGGCGCCUCAAAAACCGCCUCACAUUUCCCUGCCCUCACACCUACUCCUGCUGCUCUCACACCUCCUCGGGCUGCCCUCACAUCCGCCUGCUGUUGUUUCUUGA